CCUUGUGAUCUUUUAAAAUAUUAUGGCAUCUGGAUUUUCAACGGACAGUAGAAAUAAAUGUGAAGGUUGUCAGUCCUACGGCAAAGCCCAUGUCAGCUACAGAAUGGAAGUCAGGCAACAGCUAUGUGACGAAUGCGCAAAGUUACAGGGUCAUCUGAUCAAGGAAGAUGACGAGAGACACUGGUGUUGUGCCAAGCAUCCACAGGAAAUCGCUAAGGUGUUCUGCAUAACCCAUGAUGUCUUUGUCUGCGAGCCAUGUUCCUCGACAGAACAUGAGAAGGGGUGUACUUUGCAGAACACUGUCGAUACGAUGGAGGUCCGGAAAGAAGAGCUGAACUUCCUGGUAGAAGAAGGACGGAAGCGGGAAGGUGAGAUGCUGAAAAGAAGCAGAAUCAUCAAAGACCACGUCACAAAAAUAAAGGCACAUUAUGCCCAGGAGGAGAGGCGGCUUAAGAAGGCAUAUGGUGAUGAGAUAAAGAAAGUUACGGAUAGAUUUGGAGUGCUUAUGAGGGAACUGAGAGAAGGAUCCAUAAUCGUUCGGGAGAAAGUGGACAAGCAGAUUGAGGGUGCAGAGAAGGUUUGCAAAGAUAUGUCUGAAAUACACACAAAGGCGGAAGAACUGAUGAAUAGUGAUGAACUUUCUGCAAGUGAGUUCACCAACUUUACCCAACAAUGUUGCAGUAUGUUCGAGGGGGAUAUUGAUAUCAGUGUAUCCGACCAUGCUUUGAAAAUUGCUGAGAUGGUGAAAUUCGAGAGAGAAGAAGGUGGGAAAAUAGGACAAAUAAAGAUGCCUGUAGAGAGGUGGGAACUGGAGCGGACAUUCCGUGCGGGACAGAAGGGUAUUUCAUGUAUGAUUGGAUCAAGCAGCAACGAUGACGUGGUCAUCAAGAAUAACUACGAUUCUUCUAUUCGAUUGCUAAACUUUCAAGAUGGCAGAGGUAAGAAAGUCAUUGAAAGUAAGAACUCUCAUGAUUUGUGGAAGUGCAGCUUUCUUGAGGAUGGUCGAAUCGUAGGAGGCUCUUGCGAUGGAGACGUCGUUAUCUUCGACCAGACAUGGAAGCAUAUCAAGACAAUCAGUGUUGUUCUCUCACCAAGUGCUCGGGUAUCAGUAUCUGUUGAUGAAGACGGGAAUGUACUCGCCUCUGCCCUUGGACAGUCUAUGAUUUACAUCAUCAACCCAGAUAAAGGAGAGGUCGUGGGGUCACUAAACAUCAGCAACAAAGCGAUCUACGAGGUUCAAGCGAUAGGAAACAAGAUUGCCAUUCGUACAAGGUGUUCCAAAGGACAAGACGUCUGUGUUCUUGGUUCUGAUGGUGUGGUCAUUUCCACCAUCCAUCUCCACACUAAGGACAUGAGAAGUAUGGUUGUAGAUAGUUCAGGGGACGCCCUCUACGUCAUGUAUCAGGCUUCUCCUCUUACAUGCGCCAUUGAUGUAAUGCCAUUCGGACGAGCUGCUGGAGCAAGGAAGAUAAUUGACUGUUCGUCGACUCCACUUAGUCCAAAUUUUGUUCUUGCAGGCCCGUCUCAAAUUGUGCUGCACAAUGACGGAAAGGUCCUCAUUUACAAGAAAACAGAUCACGGUUUGAGUGAACUCUUGAAUGAUUCUACAUCAAGCUAAGAUACUCUUAAAUCCCCUUUUGAAGAAGAAGUUGCGAACUUAAUGCUUCAUUCCAGAGAUCCUAUAAGGUUUACUUUGGUAUACAUGGUAUUAAUAAAAGUC